UCAUCUCUCAGCUUACUUGAUCUCUUCCAGUUUCCACCCUCUUUCCUGAGCACUGCUCAUUCCAAACUUCCAAUGGCAGACUACGGCUCGAUCCCACCCGCCUCUUCUCCUCCGUCUCUCGAUUUCAUCUCCCGCGCCAAACAGCGCGGCCAAUCUGCUCUUUCAACCCGCCGGCCAUGGCGCGAGAUGAUCCAACCCCAUGCUUUCUCCCUUCCCCUGAGCCUCGGCGAUGCCUACCUCCGGAUCCGCACGAACGCCGCUUACUUUUCCAUGAACUACGCCAUCAGCGUCGUCUUCGUCGUUUUCCUAAGCCUCUUAUUCCAUCCCGUUUCGCUCCUAGUCUACGUCGCCGUGAUCGCGGCAUGGAUGUUCCUUUUCUUCCUUAGGGAUCAGUCACUUGUGAUCGGUGGUCGGACGUUUGAAGAAUCUUAUAUUCUCAUAGGUCUCACGGUUUUCACCAUUGCGUUAUUGUUGAUCACCAAUUCUACGCUGGACAUUAUUGGAUCGGUGGCUACCGGGAUUGUGGUGGUUCUGGUGCACGCGGUGCUGCGAAGGACCGACGAUCUGCCUGUCGAUGAAGAGGCAGCUGCGGCCGGUGGGUGGUAUGCGGUUGCUGGGGAGAGCAGCAGCAAGACUUCUCCGGUAUCGUAGUUCUGGACUAUCUAGGUAUUCAUUUCUGGAUUUGUUGAAGCUUGGGGGUGUUUAUUUGUUGGGUCUUUUUCUCUGUUGUAUUUGUACAGAUUUCGUUUAGGCUCAAAUUCCUUGUGUUAUUUCUCAGUAUUCAUAAAUUAUUGCAGUUUUUAUGCUUCUUUGUGUGAUUUAAAUGUUUCGAAUGCCUGUGUUGUGCAUUAUUCAACUUCUCGCAGGCUAAUUUCAACCGCGCAUUCAGGAUGUUUGUAAUACUACCAUUCAACGGUCUCCACCUUAGGUUUUUGGAAGAAGGCAUUUUCUUUCGUGGUGAU